UGUAUAAUUUUUUUUGUAAUAUACAGAAUAUUUACAAUAAACAGAAUAUUUACAAUAUACAGAAUAUUUACGAUAUACAGAAUCUUUUACAAUAUACAUAAUGUUUACAAUAAACAGACUAUUUACAAUAUACAGAAUGUUUACAAUAAACAGACUAUUUACAAUAUACAGACUAUUUACAAUAUACAGAACGUUUACAAUAUACGGAAUAUUUACAAUAUACAGGAUAUUUACAAUAAACAGACUAUUUACAAUAUACAGACUAUUUACAAUAUACAGAGUGUUUAC